AUGAUGAGCGGUACAACAGAGAACCACAUUAGAACUGAGUCAGAGUCAGAUUUGAGCGAUAUAGGAGGCGGUUUUGUGGUUGGUGAUACGAACACUAAGAGACGAAGAGCAAGUGGAAGACGGACACCAAAAAGACGGACAAGUAGGAACAUUAAAUACACCGAAUUACCAUCGGAUGAAGAUAGUGAGGCUGAAGUGGACUCAGACACGUAUGCCAAUGUGGAGGUGCCUCAGAGAACACGUGCUACGCGUGCCACACCCAAACCCAAACCCACGCGUCGCAAUGGGAACCAGAAGAAGAGGGUGACUCCACAACGCAGCGACUCCUCAUCUGACGAUGACGAGGAGUUUACUUUAAGCUUGGAUGGGGAAAAUGAUGUGUCUUCGUCUGACGAUGACGAUGUGACUUUUUUGGGGUCUUCAAAUAGGAAUGCCAACGAAACCAACGAAAGAAUUACGAUUGAUAUCUCGUCUGAUGACGAACCUUUGGCUUUGCUACCUGCUAGGGACCCACCGCCAGCUCCAGCCAAGCAAGUGAAGAGAAAGAGGACGCCCGCAAAGACAAGGAAGGCGGCAAAACCCAAGAUAUCGCAUUAUGAACGUUCAACAAAUAACCUUUAUACGAACCACCCCGAGCUACAAACAGUGUUUACAGAUUUGGCAAAUUAUGAACCCAUCAAGCCAGAACGUGCUGAGCAUCCCGCAGGGAUGACCAUCAAAUUGUUGCCCUUUCAGUUGGAAGGGUUAAAUUGGCUCCUAAAGCAAGAGGAAGGUAGAUUCCAAGGAGGAAUUUUGGCUGAUGAAAUGGGUAUGGGUAAGACAAUACAGACAAUAGGGUUGUUUAUGCACGACACCACCAAAAAGCCGAACUUGGUUGUUGGCCCUACGGUUGCAUUAAUGCAAUGGAAAAAUGAAAUUGAGAGACAUACAGAUGGGAAAUUGAAGGUGUUGUUAUUUCACGGCGGAAGUCGUGUUAACAAAGUUAGUGAGUUGGAAGGCUAUGACGUGAUUUUAACAUCAUACUCGGUUUUGGAGUCGUCUUUUAGGAAGCAGCAAUAUGGAUUCAGAAGGAAAGGGAGUCUAGUCAAGGAGAAAUCGGCUCUACAUGAGACAGAGUUUUAUAGAGUUGUCCUAGACGAGGCGCACAAUAUCAAAGAUAGGACAUCAAAUACUUCGAGAGCUGCAAACUACCUCAAGACAAAGAAGAGAUGGUGUUUAACUGGUACGCCCUUGCAAAACAGAAUUGGAGAAAUUUAUUCCUUGAUCAGGUACAUGAAACUAGAUCCUUUUUACAAGUACUUUUGUACCAAAUGUGAAUGCUCCAGCAACGAUUGGAAAUUCUCAAACGGAAGAACGUGUGAUUUUUGCGGACACCCAGGAAUGAUGCACACAAAUUUUUUCAACCAUUUCAUGUUGAAGAAUAUUUUAAAGUUUGGAUUGGAAGGUGACGGGAUGGAUAGUUUCAAAAACUUGCAAUUGCUAUUAGGCAACAUGAUGUUGAGAAGAACCAAAAUCGAAAGAGCAGAUGACUUGGGGUUGCCUCCAAGAAUCGUUGAGAUUAGACGUGAUAGGUUCAACGAGGAAGAGAGAGACCUUUACACGUCACUUUAUAGUGACUCCAAGAGAAAGUUUAACGAUUACGUUGCCGAAGGUGUGGUUUUGAACAACUAUGCCAAUAUUUUCACGUUGAUUACCAGGAUGAGGCAGUUGGCUGAUCAUCCCGAUUUGGUCUUGAAGAGAUAUGGAACCAAUCAAAUCGCUGAUCAUAUGGAUGGAGUAAUCAUGUGUCAACUAUGCGAUGAUGAAGCAGAGGAGCCAAUCGAGUCCAAAUGUCACCAUAGGUUUUGCCGCAUGUGUAUCCAGGAGUAUAUUGAAUCGUUUGAUGGCGUGAAUAGCAAACUCACAUGCCCCGUGUGCCAUAUUGGAUUAUCCAUUGAUUUAGAGCAACCUGCUCUUGAAGUGGAUGAAGAGUUGUUUACGAAAGCUUCAAUUGUGAACCGAAUCAAGCAAGGUUCACAUGGAGGUGAGUGGAGAUCUUCAACAAAAAUCGAGGCGCUUGUGGAGGAGUUGUAUAAGCUCAGAUCGGAUAAGCAUACCAUCAAAUCCAUUGUGUUUUCUCAAUUUACAUCAAUGUUGGAUUUGAUUGAGUGGCGAUUGAAGAGGGCAGGAUUUCAGACUGCAAAAUUGUCUGGAUCUAUGUCACCACAGCAGCGUGACAAUACAAUCAAGUACUUCAUGGACAACAUUGAAGUUGAAGUGUUUUUGGUUUCAUUAAAGGCCGGUGGUGUUGCCUUGAACUUGUGUGAAGCCUCGCAAGUGUUUUUGAUGGAUCCGUGGUGGAACCCUAGUGUUGAAUGGCAAUCCAUGGACCGUGUGCAUAGAAUUGGUCAAAAGAGGCCCAUUAGGAUUACUAGGUUUUGUAUUGAAGACAGUAUUGAGCUGAAAAUCAUCGAGUUGCAAGAGAAGAAGGCGAAUAUGAUCAAUGCGACGAUCAACCAUGAUGAGGCUGCUGUUAGCAGGUUGACACCAGAUGAUUUACAGUUUUUGUUCAUGAACUAA